GAUGGCUGCCCGCGGGUGUGGGACCAGCGAAGCUGCCGGCGCCUCUCGGAGCCCGGCCUCCUGACGCCGCCAGUGGGCGGGGUCGCCCGGGCCGCCGCCACCGCUGUCAUGUACCCGCCGCCGCCGCCGGCGCCGCAUCGGGACUUCAUCUCGGUGACGCUGAGCCUCGACCAGAGCUACGACGGCAGCAAAAGCUGGCGGCGGCGCUCGUGCUGGAGGAAAUGGAAGCAGCUGUCGAGAUUGCAGCGCAACGUGAUCCUCUUCUUCGUCACGUUUCUCGCGCUCUGCGGGCUCCUGUCCUGCAUCAGCGUGGUCGACCAGUGGAGAGGUACCGGCGCCCUGAGUGGCAGGUCCUCGGAAGAGCGGGAGGGGAGACCAGCAGACCCGCCCGUCCUGCCGGCCCCUCACAAGGCAGAUGCUAAUGCGGAACGCUCGCCGGGGGUGUCACCCCAGAAGCCCCAGAGGCAUCUCCGACGGGGACCACCCAGCCUGCAGGUUAGAGCCCCCGAUGGAGACUCCAGGGACCGGAGGCAGGACGACGCUCGUCAGGAGGAAAGCGCUCAGAGAACGGGGGUCAGCUGGAGGGGCGCGGUGAUCGAGCCGGGCCAGGGCACCGAACUUCCCUCCAGAAAGGCACAGGGCCCCCCCACCAAGCCUCCCUCAGUGGCCGCCGGGAUUCAGAACCGACCGGCCUCCCCGAACGAGCGUCAGAGGGCCGUGAUAGACGCCUUCCGCCACGCGUGGGCCGGUUACCGCAAGUUCGCUUGGGGCCACGACGAGCUGAAGCCCGUGUCCCGGUCCUUCAGCGAGUGGUUUGGCCUGGGACUGACGCUGAUCGACGCCCUGGACACCAUGUGGAUUCUGGGUCUCAAGAAAGAGUUUGAAGAGGCCCGGAAGUGGGUGUCCGAGAAGCUGCAGUUUCAGAAAGACGUGGACGUGAACCUGUUCGAGAGCACGAUCCGGAUCCUGGGCGGCCUCCUGAGCGCCUACCACCUGUCGGGGGACGAGCUCUUCCUGCGCAAGGCCGAGGACUUUGGGAACCGGCUGCUGCCUGCGUUCCAGACGCCCUCCAGGAUCCCGUACUCGGACGUGAACAUCGGCACCGGCGCCGCCCACCCGCCCCGCUGGACCUCGGACAGCACGGUGGCCGAGGUCACGAGCAUUCAGCUGGAGUUCCGAGAGCUGUCCCGCCUCACGGGGGAGAAGAAGUUUCAGGUGCGGGGGUCGGGGGCCGCCGGAGCUCCCCGGGCUCCGCGCCGUGAGCGCAGGGCUGCGUGGACUUGACCCUGGGCGCCAGGACCGCGUCCUUGCUGGAUUCUCGCCUCUCCUUCCUGUCUUUGCUCAGGAGCUCCCGUCUUCCCCUUGCUGGCAGGUGCGCGGCCGGGAAGGGCGACGGCCGGGGCUCAGUCCUAGCAGGCCCGCGUCCUCGGGGUCCCGGCCGCCAGUCUCCCCGAGAGCCCGGGAGGGGCCCACGGUCAUGGUUCUCGGCCUGGCCAGCCCGUCACUGACGGUCCUUGUGGACCUCCCUCCUCGGCACCCCCCGCCCCGGCCCCCGCCUUGGCCGUGGCCCCGCGGGGCCCCUGUGGACGCAGCGCUCCUUCCUGUCGCGCUUUCUCUUCCUUAAAACCUGAGCUGUGGCUCCAACGCGAGGAAGUUUUGCCUCUUGCUAGAACCUGGUGCCGCGUUGCCAGGUGUGCGGCGGCAGCCGCCGUCUGGGUCCAGACCCGGUCCUCACCUCAGGAAGUGCGCCAGCUCCCCCGAGCGCUCCCGCCCGGCCCUGCUGCGCCGGCAGCCGCGCUCCGGCCUCCUGGGCGUGGCGUUCUCUGUGUGGACACGUGGCGGAGCGAGGGCCUGCGGCCUGGGCCCCGGCGGCCGUUUCUGGCAGCCGCACACGGUGUCCUCGUCCCGCUGGAGGCGCCUGCGGGAUGCCCGCGCACGUGCUGCCGGGUUCAAAGCCCCCCUU